GAGCUUCACUACUCCCAUCUCAUUCUUGCAACUGGCAGUGAUGGGCCAUUCCCUGGAAAGUUCAACAAAGUCAUUGACAUGGAAAGUGCCAUCCAGACCUAUGAAAAUAUGGUUAAAGAGAUUGAGAAAUCUGAGCGCAUCUUGGUCGUGGGAGGUGGUGCUGCUGGAGUCGAGAUGGCUGCAGAGAUCAAAACAGAAUACCCAGCCAAAGAGGUCACCCUCAUUCACUCAAAAAUUGCACUAGCUGAUGUGGAGCUGCUAGAUAGCGUCCGUCAGGAGGUGAAAGAGAUUCUCCUCAGAAAAGGAGUGCACCUCUUAUUAAGUGAAAAGGUCAGCAACGUGGAAAACCUCCGGCCAAACCAGUUCCAGAAGGAUAUGGUAGUAAAGACAGAAAAGGGCACUGAGGUGGUUACCGACAUGGUGGUCCUGUGCACAGGGAUAAAGAUUAACUCCUCAGUGUACGCGGCUGCAUUUGGGGACAAAAUGGCAAGUAACAGUGCUUUGAAAGUGAACAAGCACCUCCAAUUGGAAGGGUAUGAACACAUCUAUGCCAUUGGGGACUGUGCAGAUCUAAAGGAACCAAAGAUGGCCUACCAUGCUGGGCUCCAUGCCAACAUCGCGGUGACAAAUAUAAUCAACAGCCUGACACAUAAGCCUCUUAAAACCUACGAACCAGGGUCACUAACAUUCCUCCUUUCAAUGGGCAGGAAUGAUGGCGUAGGCCAGGUGAACGGUUACUAUGUGGGACGUCUCUUGGUGACCAUUGCUAAGAGCCGGGACCUGUUUGUCUCCAAGAGCUGGAAGAUGAUGGGACAGACAAUGCCCUCUUAAGAGGGCUUCAGUAACAAAGCAGCAAGGACUUCAGCAACUGGAAGAGGGUGAGGGUGCACUUUUAUUGCUUGGACAGACCAAUAGUGUCUCCUGCAGCACCUCCUAAAGCCACUUGCCAGUGUGAUGCAUGAAACAGGGGCCCUGCCUUGCUGUAAAGGGGAAGGAGGCACUUUCCCAAUGAAGUGCACAGAAGGUUUUAUGAUAAAAACUAGGGAAGGAAUGUUUCUUUUACUUCCUUAUUGAGAUAGCUCUGAGCAAGAAACCUGGUUUACCUUAAUUUGUAACAAUAAACACUGUGGCUUUCA